GGGCACCCUGUAACCUUCCCUCCUUCCUUCUGCCUUCUCCAGCCAGCACCCAGAUCUCUGCUGCAGUCUAGCUCCUCACCUGCCCAGAGCCUCCUUCCAGUUCUCCGCUCCCACCAUGAGCCCCGGCGUCACAGUGAUGCCAUCCUGGCGUGUCUGGGGGAUACACUGAAACAAGAUCACACCAGUUCACUGGCAGCCUUGUCAGGCAACAGACCCUGGGGCAUGUGCCGUGUGUGAACCUUGCAGCUGGCAUGCCUGGAUGUCCCUGCCCUGGCUAUGGUAUGGCAGGCCAAAAGGUCCUUUUCCUCACUGUCCUUGCCCUGGAUCUCCUGAGAAGGGUUGGAGGUUCUCAACCAGCCCUCCGGAGCCUGGGGGCUGCAGCUGCCUGUCGCCUGGAUAAUAAAGAAAGCGAGUCCUGGGGUACUUUGCUGAGUGGGGAGCGACUGGACACCUGGAUCUGCUCCCUCUUGGGCUCUCUCAUGGUUGGACUCAGUGGGGUUUUCCCCUUGCUGGUCAUUCCCCUGGAGAUGGGGACCAUGUUACACUCAGAAGCUGGAGCCUGGCGUCUGAAGCAGCUGCUCAGCUUUGCCUUAGGUGGACUCUUGGGCAAUGUGUUUCUGCACCUGCUGCCAGAGGCAUGGGCUUACACCUGUAGCAUCAGUCCCGGUGGUGAAGGACAGAGUCUGCAGCAGCAGCAACAGCUGGGGCUAUGGGUCAUUGCUGGCUUCCUGACCUUUCUGGCAUUGGAGAAGAUGUUCCUGAAUAGCACGGAGAAGGAGGGCCCCAGCCAGGCCCCCAGCAAAGACCCCACUGCUGCCGCGCUCAAUGGAGGCCACUGUCUGGCCCAGCCGGCUGCAGAGCCCGGCCUGAGAGCCGUGGUCCGGAACCUCAAAGUCAGUGGCUAUCUCAACCUGCUGGCCAACACCAUAGACAACUUCACUCAUGGGCUGGCUGUGGCCGCCAGCUUCCUUGUGAGCAAAAAGAUUGGGCUUCUAACCACCAUGGCCAUCCUCCUGCAUGAGAUCCCCCAUGAGGUGGGUGACUUUGCUAUCCUGCUCCGAGCUGGCUUUGACCGAUGGACUGCAGCCAAGCUACAGUUCUCUACAGCCCUGGGAGGCCUUCUGGGGGCUUGCUUUGCCAUCUGCACACAGUCCCCCAAAGGAGGGAUACAGUGGUCUGGAUCCUGCCCUUUACCUCUGGAGGCUUUCUCUAUAUUGCCCUGGUCAAUGUGUUGCCUGACCUCUUAGAAGAAAAUGACCCAUGGCACUCCCUGCAGCAGGUGCUGCUGCUCUGCUCCGGCGCUGUGGUGAUGCUGCUGCUCUCAAUCUUCGUUGAGUAGCCAUUCCUGACAUCCCACUCUGCAUAGCAAGCAAUAGAGAACCAGCUUGUUCUGUGACUUCAUGUGUGAGCGGCAGAGGGUGAAUGCUAGGACCAGCCUCGCACUGGACAAAGGGGGUGUGCACAUACAGCCAUAUGUGUGCAGGAGACCGACACUGUGACCCGUGUGCAGAGCCCAGAGGGCACUUGCCCAGCCAACCGUCAUCUAGCAGCAAGGAACGACAGCGCUGGUGCUGGCACAGGCCUCACUUCCCACAAGAGUCCAGGGCUGCAGAGAACCCCACAACUGUCCCUCCUGGGCCUCUAACUCAAGACUAAUUAAAGCUCUGCUCAUAUAUCCAGGCCCCAAGCACCUUAGAGGCAGAGGCUGCACAGCUCUUCUUUGCUGUCUAUUUUCCCAACCCUUCCUAUACCACCUCUACAACCAAAGAAAGGGGAGGUAGGUGCUUUGCAGCCCUAGCCCCACUCAGCACUGAGCAGGCAGCCUCUCAAGGACCUCCGCCUAGGGGCUGCCACCCUGGUCAGCUCAUGCUUCCCCAUCAAAUGCUUCCGGGCCUCCCAGGCACCCCCAACUGUCAAACAGCAGUCUGCAAGGCACCGAGUAAUCCUCAGGCUACCAGUCUCCCAGUGCAGCUCCAAAUGCUCCUGCCAGCACAUGGUUCAGCAGACAUGCCCCGGGCAGGGAGAAUGAGCCUUGCUGCCCUUCCCUGCUCAGGCCCCUUGUCCUUUGGAUUGAGUAAGGUGGGGGUGGUGAGGGCUCCACAUUGUCAGUGCUCAGGAAUGUGAACUGGGAGAAUGCUGAAGCCAUAAUCCCCAACUAUUUCCCUUGGCUGACAUCCAGGUACUCAGCUGGCCCACUCAACAGCCAGACAACCUGCUGUUGUGGUGUUAGAGAAGUGGCCACUGAAGUCUGAAUGAUUCUGUAGCAGUUACGUUGUGGUUCAUCUUUAUCUGUAAAUACCUGUUCUAUAGAUGUAAAUAAAUAUUACCUAGACCACU